AUGAAGUUUGGUACUCUUUUAGAGCUGAAUAGUAAUAUAGAGUGGUGGGAUUACUAUGUCGAUUAUGACGCCUUGAAGAAAUUAUUCCCUUCCAACCCGCUUGAUUUCACAUACCACUCUACUGCAGGAGACAGCGAGACCUCUUCGAUCCUCCCCACUCACCGACCCAAAAAGGACAAGUAUGCAAGUCCCGAAGACUUCAAAAAAGCCUUAGACAAAGAGAAGGAUAAGGUGACAGAGUUCCAUCAAACCAAAUUAGACGAUCUGAAACGCUCCUUUGAGCUGCUGGAAGUAGAAAUAGCUGGACUGGAGGAGAGGGAUUUGGGUCAAGAUGAUACCAUCAAGGAAGUUGAUGAAGAAGACGAAGAUGGUGACAGAGAUGGGGCAGAACAAAGGGAAACGGAUAAUCUUCUGAGUCCAUCUAUCUCCCUUGCUAAUGGAUCCAGAUCACCCACAAGACCUAGACAAUCUCUCGCCGGAAGAUUCGGAUUAAGAAGAUUUGGACGAAGGAGAAGCGCAAUGAACAAUCCUGAUGAAGCAGACCUGAUGGAAGCUUCAAUUCGACCAAGAGAAAGAAGUACUAAUCGUGGUUCGAAACCAAACUUGAGCGAUUCUGUCACUAGCAGUUACUUCGAUGAUGGUGUUUCACCUAAUCCGGGUCGCGUACCACUUCCUAAACGAUCAAGACAAUCUUCCGAUUUGGAGUCAUCAACCGAUGAUAUCGGUACCAAUGCUGGCACCCAAGAUAGACGAACUUCCUUUUCGUCAGUAUCAUCACAUGAAGGUGAUUUCUCUUGGCCAAGAAGAAGAUACCAUUCUCUAGGUCUCGUUCAAAUGGACCCUGCUAUCGUACCAGAUUACGCUCAUCCCAGGGUAUCAGAAGAUGAAGAACAAGGUGUCAUCAAUAAUGGAUUCACUCGGCCAGGUGCCCAAAAUCCAGUUUUCAUAUGGACUGCAAAUAACGAUUAUGGAACUGUCUUGAGGAUUGGAUUCAAAAAACGAAUCAGUGCUGUCUGGCUAGAAGCUUAUGCCUUGAAACAAUAUGUGGAUUUGAACAUGACUGCUUUUGAGAAGAUUUUGAAAAAGUACGACAAAAACACAAACAAUAAGUUGAAGAAACAAUACAUCACCGAUGUGGUGUUGAAAACUUCUCCUUGGACCGAUGAAGCAAAGGAAGAGCUUGAUCAAUUAUUAGCCAAGAUUUUAUUCCUUUAUAGAAGAGUGGCAGCUGCAGGAGAUGAAGAUUUGGCUAAAGAACAACUUCGGUCACAAUUGAGAGAAAAGGUCGUAGUCGACAGAGAAACAGUUUGGUCACAGAUGGUUUCAGGACAUAAUAAGACCACAGGAAUAUUCAGAUCAGUCACACCUGAAGACUUACCUUCAUCUUACGAUACUACCAAGGACAUGGUGAAAACCCCUCUGGGUAAAUUUAGAAAGCCUCAAUGGUUAAGCCAUAGAGUAAUUGUCCUUUCCAUUGCAUUUGCCAUCCUAGUCACCAUAGUGCAAGUCUCACCUAUGGAUGGCAUCGAAGAAAGCAAUUGUUUAGCAAUGUUGAUAUUCUGUACCAUCUUGUGGGCGACUGAGGCGAUCCCAUUAUUUGUCACAUCACUUGCUGUACCACUUCUUGUCGUUUUCCUGCGUGUACUCCGAUCUCCAGACGGAGAAUCUCGUCUUACUGCAGCGGAUGGCACAAAAUAUAUAUUCUCCCAAAUGUUCUCGCCAACCAUCAUGUUACUUAUUGGAGGUUUCACAAUUGCCGCCGUACUGUCCAAAACUCGACUGGAUGUCAUGACUGCAUCGAGAAUCCUCAAUGCGGCCGGAACGAAACCUAGUGUGGUUUUGUUGGUACUCAUGUUCGUUGCCACUUUCGCAAGUAUGUGGAUCAGUAAUGUAGCUGCGCCUACUCUUUGUUACGCUUUGAUCAAACCUAUCACGGAUGAGUUACACCCUAAAUCGAUGUUUUCCAAAUGCUUGAUUAUCGCUAUCGCCUUAGCAUCCAACAUUGGCGGUCAAGCAUCCCCCAUUUCCUCACCACAGAACCUAAUCUCCCUCGGAUCUAUGGACCCGCCGCUGUCAUGGCCUCAAUGGUUCGCGAUUUCUCUGCCAGUCGCGACGUUAUCAGUAGUAUCCAUUUGGGCAUUUUUACACUUAAACUAUAAAUGGGAGAACGAUUUAGCUAUACCCAAAAUGAGAAAGAACACAGAUACGCUCACUACUACACAUUGGUAUGUUCUUGUGGUCAGUGGUAUUACAAUCGUUCUCUGGUGUUUGGAGAAAUCAAUGGAAGGUAUCGUUGGGGAUAUGGGUAUCAUCGCCAUCAUACCGCUGUUGGCUUUCUUUGGAACCGGUAUUUUAUCAAAGGAAGAUUUCCAUUCUUUCCAUUGGUCAAUCGUUUUCUUGGCUAUGGGAGGUGUGGCAUUAGGAAAAGCAACUCUCUCUUCGGGCUUACUCGAUGUCCUCGAUGAACUGCUAGAGAAAUUGGUUGCGGGAAUGGGAUUGUACUCGAUCUUAAUCGUCUUCUCCUUGUUAGCCUUGGUAAUCGCUACUUUCAUCUCCCAUACUAUAGCGGCUGUUCUUUUGGUACCCAUCGCAACUAGGAUUGGAGAUUCUUUGGAAGAACCUCAUCCCAGGUUGCUGAUCAUGGCCACAGCAUUGAUCUGUUCUGCCGGUAUGGGAUUACCAGUCUCUGGAUUCCCUAACAUGACAGCUAUCACACAAGAGAAUAAAUUAGGUCAACGAUUUAUAGGCGCAUCUGAUUUCCUCAAAAACGGUAUUCCAGCUUCGCUGUUGGCUACCUUUGUGAUCGUUACUGUUGGUUAUGCUAUCAUGAGGGGUAUAGGCUUAUAA